ACAUUCGAUCUACCUCUACCAUCAUGUUCACUAAGGCUGUCGUCGCUCUCGCCCUUGUGGCCGUCACCUUGGCUGCUCCUUCACAGCCUUCCUACGGAUAUGCUCCCCCUGCAACCUAUGACGCCCCCGCUAAGUACGACUUUAACUACGCCGUUAAAGAUGACUAUUCCGGAAACGACUUCGGUCACCAGGAGACCCGUGACGGAUACGAUACUCAGGGAUCCUACUACGUCCUUCUUCCUGACGGUCGUCUGCAGAAGGUCGCCUACACUGUCAACGGCGACUCUGGCUACGUAGCCGAAGUCAGCUAUGAGGGUGAGGCCCAGUACCCCGAAUACAAGCCUGCUCCUGCCUACAAGCCCGCCCCUGCUUAUAAGCCUGCCCCAGCCUAUGCACCAGCUCCUACUUAUGCCUAAGCGACUAUGGAUAUAUUUAUAAUGAACGUAAUUUAUUAAACAUAAAUUCCAUCCCUA